AUGGCAAUAAAUUUGGAAUUAGCACGCCUGGUGACCUAUCGUGCAGCAGUUGAUGUAGAUAACAAAAUGGGCUCAUCUUAUUUCGCUUCAAUUGCUAAAUGUUUUGCUGCUGAUACUGCGAAUAUUGCUGCUUCUAAUGCAGUACAAAUCUUCGGCGGUAAUGGUUUUAAUUGUGAAUAUCCAGUCGAAAAACUUAUGCGCGAUGCGAAAAUUUAUCAAAUUUAUGAGGGAACAAGCCAAAUUCAGCGAAUUGUUAUAUCUCGAUAUUUAUUGCAAAAAAUCGCAACAACUGGAUGUGCUUCAUAA